AUGCUGCAGCUGCAUCUCGAGGAGGUGGCGCAGACUUCGCAACAGCUGGCGAGGGCUCACUACAAACGCCUUCAGCUACCUCUGGGGAGAGUGUUGCACAGGCACCUGAAGGUGUUUCACGACAGGCACCUCCACAGUCGCCGCCUAGCCUUAACUAGGGACGCGAUGGUUUCUCAUUUCACCGUCACACCGGCUUACAUGCGUUCUCAGGCAUCGGACUUUUCGCAUGGCACUACUGUCUUGAGAGGAAUUAAGAUAUCGGUCAGCUCCUCCGUGAUUCAGGGUACCAGGGUGAUCCAAGUUGCAGCCUUUAGGGGAGGUGCAGCCGUGGGCGUAUUUAAUCUCACCACGACCACUGCAGAAAAGACAAAGCUGCUUCAGGACCUCUCCGCCCUAGCUGCAAAUCCAGAAGCCCAGUUUGAGCUGACAUGGGUAGCCAUUUCUCCAACAUCAGGAAAGUUGAAGCUGAAGCUGGAAUCCAGCUACAGUGCUGCCGCUAGCAAGCCAACGGUAACCAUAACGUGCAGCUUCAAGCAUGUGGUGGGCACACGCGAAAGCGUCGAUAUUGUAACUGCCACAAUUCCGAAGGAAACGCUGCUGCUGUUUAAGACCCUAGAGGAGUUCAAAGAUUGGCUGGCCUCAAACGCUCAUCCACCUCUCCUCAAGCAAGGAUCGGCUUUCCGAAUAGUUUCGUUAAAGUUGGCGGGCACGGGAAAGCAACGAUUUGAAGUCAAAGGCGAAGAGCGAGCACUGCAGUGGUUGCAGCAAGUCGCCACAAGAAAAGAGCCUGUUUUAUCUGUUGCUGGGGACUUGGAAAGGAAUGCCGUCAUUGAGUUUCCCUACGUUGACGAUCUGAGUUGGCCUAUGUUGCUAAAGCUAAAGGGUUUGGUCGAUGAAUCAGCAAGGGGACAUACUCCUGUCAGCGCCUUCGAAGCAACAGUGCCCGGGUUGAAAACAGAGAAGUUUAGUGUACCCGCCUCUUGGUUUGGGCUCUCACCUGCACAGCAAUAUGAGCUCUGGCUAAAGGGAAGGCAGCAAGGUGCCACAGGAGUAACGCCUGGGCAGCUAAAUGUUUCAGGGCUUUUUGGCCCUGGAUACACUGCUGGAACCCCCCCAAUCCUUUUCUUCGACCAUGCUGGCCAACCAUUUGGUGCAAAUAAACAACCGGACUAUCUUUCCCUUUUUGGCACGCGUACGACACCGGUGGAGAAGGUUCCCGAUUACGUGGCGGGACAGUUUUCACCAGCGGUGGUCGCAAAGAUUGUUUUUCCUGGAGGAUCUGAGGCUAAACACAUAAUCAGUCCACUACGCGAAUGGCAUAAAAUUGAAAAACGAUACCCGGAUUUGCGAGCCACUCUGGCUCCGAAAGAGACUGAAAAGCAAGGCGCUCUCCUGAGCGUAAGCGUGAACGGAAAGGUGUAUCCGCUGGUGGCAGAAUUCGUCGAAAAGCACCCCACGCUUCUCGACUUACUGGCGCACCUAGCCAAUGAGGAUCCAUCAUUUGUUCUCAACGACCUCACCCUCAAUUUCGGAGCAAGUGUGCCCCGUUCAGUGCAGUCCAUAUUUAUUUUGGAAACGCCUGAAGGUGUGCAGCCGUGGUGCAUUUUUCAAUACGACAUUCCAAUUACCAGACGAAACACGAUUGUUAUCAAAUCUCUCUUGAAAAAAGCGCGCCAAACAGCGGAGUCGCCCAAGGGAUGCAACAUUGUAAACGCCAAAGGAUUGCGGUUCGAAACCAUCACUGCUGUAGCCAAUGUAACUCAGCGCGAGCCGGAACUCAAGACAGUCAACAGGCAACAACUCAACUUCAAGGGCUCUUCAGCUGAGUGCAAACGCCUAGGCGCCAUAUUUACGGAGGCCCAUAGAAGAGGCGAGCCUCUUGCUCUAUACUUCAGCGCAACGCACCUACUCAAGGGCAAUGUGGAAAUUCCGAGAUUCGACAGGGAAGGUCGGGAAAGAAAGCCCAGUAUCAAAACGUUCCCGAUACUCGGUGAACAAGACACGUUUACUGAUGAAAAUGGGCCUCACAAGACGGGAGAGACAGUGAACAUUCCGCUGCGCCCGGGAACAGCGGCACUUUCGGGCCCUUUCACAGUGAUUCAUCGAUGGCUCACACACCACAUUCCGAACUUGAAGCUCCCUGUAGACCUUGAGAGUCUGCCUGCCGAAGACCGGAAUUCUCUCUUCAGCAAAAUCAUCGUUGAGGUUGAGGGUGGAGAGAAGAUUAAGCUAUCCGAUAUUCUCAAGCCACUUAUCCACACACCUAAUUGGAAAACCUUGAACCCUGCUGAAUUCCAAUUACCCUACCACCUUUUGAACUUGCCAAUCAAGAAUAUGUUCGUAGAGGGUGACCUCGAUUUUAUUGUCACCACACCCGGCGGAGGGCAAGAAGCAUACACUGUCCCGAUUCGGCCUGGAGAGUCAUGGGGUACAGCUUCAGAUAGCUUUUUCCACAGAUUCCCGCGAUUCGAUAGAGAAAAAACAAAACUUUCGCUGUUCGAUGGUGAAGGGAACCCCGUUGCAGUUCGACCGGACUCUCCCAUCUAUGUUGGAGUUAAAGAAGCUGUGGAACAGCGCCCUAAGCACUACCAACCUGAGCUGCGGUUUGGUGAACAGAUGCGUAGCGCACAUGUUGAUGAAGUACAACGCUUUAUGGAACAAACUUUGAGGGGAGCUGACCUCGUCCGACCCGCCAAGCUUCGUGACCUUCUUGCAAUUAUAAGGAAGUACAUAGCCACGAAUCGGCCCGACGUGCUGAGACAGUUGAACUUGCCCGAUCCGGCUACUUCGCAAGCUGAGAUCGCGAAACUGAAAGCUCAAGUUGAGAACUUAAGAGCGAAGCCAGACAAGACGGCUGAAGACUACGAUUCUAUGCAGGCGAUUCGGCAACAAAUCAAGAGGAUUUUGGCAAAAGAAACAAAGUGGGCGGUUCCAUCAUCUCUCACAUUCUUCCACGUCAAAGAAAGGGGUGUCGAGAGGGACUUGACAGUGCCCAUACGGAAUCCUGAGCUAAGACUUUCCGACGAAUUUUGGAAGGUUUACCAUGACGCGACUCGUCAGUCAUCAGAAGCUGCAACGCUGGACUUCGCUAAUGUCUAUAACAUUACAUUUCGGGUGCUGGGAAUGGAAGAACGACGGGAGGAGAGGAAGCGCAUGAAGCACAAGGUGAAAGUGGAGAAGAAAGCGGAAAAAGCAGCUGCCCAAGUCAAGGUGAAGGUAAAGGUUGUAUUUGAUGUUGAGAACGAGGAGUCAUCUUCUGACUCAGGAGUUGAUGUCGAAUUACCGCUAGAUUUCGCUACAGGAUUGACUAUUGGAGGGAAGCGCAGUGUUGCAUCUCAGCUUUCGAAGCUCUAUCAUAUCCCCAGGAGCUUUUUCACAUUUGAAGGGUACCCGCGCGUUGUGAUGGACACGACGAAGGCAGAGCUACCCUCUCUGAAAGUUGCCCUCCAAGCAGUCUGCUCUCGCAGCGAUGGGUCCAUCGGCAUCAGCCCCGCUGAGCUUGCCCGCGUACUGACUUCACAGGGCGGAUAUGGGGAGCAAGACUUGAUUUUCCUCCUCACAACAUCAGGGGAAAAGCUACGAGUGUCUGUUGAGAACCUUCGCCAAAUAGCUUCAGAAAAGGCGCGAAUGUUCAUGUUCGGAGUAAGAUAUCGCAACAAUCAAUUUUGCCACAUCAGAAAGACACUGAAACGCAGAGACUCAACAAUUUACGAUGCGUAUCCGCUUGCGAAUAUUCAGUGGAAACGGACGCUAGCGGACAUAAGGGCAGAAGGUGAAGCCAAGGCGAAGGAAAAGGAAGAAGCUGCUGCGGGAGAGGUACGUCCCACCUCGGUCAUCUGCUCUAGUUGA